AUGACCCUGAUGGAAAAUAGAGUCUCCUCGCUUGAAUCAUCAGUUUUAGAAAAUAACGGUCGAAUAUUAGAUGUAGAAGCCAGUCGUGCUAUGGAUUCCCAAACGUGUGAUGAACUGCUUGAGAAACAGAAAUCUAUUGACUCAGUCCUAAAGGGGGAGAGAGAUCGUAUAAAACAGCUUUCGAAUAACUAUGAUACCCUGAAAAAACAAAAUCACAAUCUAUUAGAAGAGGUACAAGAUCUUCAAUCCCGAUCUAUGAGGGACAACCUAUUAUUCUUUGGUCUUGAUGAAUGUAAAUCGUUUGAUGAGAGAAAAUCCGAAAAUUGUAUGAACAAAAUUUAUAGCUUUCUUCAAAAUACACUCAAUAUUACUGACGCCAGAGAAAAAAUAAAAAUAGACAGGGCCCAUCGUAUUGGAAAUUAUGUAAACAGUAAAACACGACCAAUAGUAGUUAAGUUCAAUUUCUACCAGGACAAGUUAACAGUUAAAGAGCGUGUGCGUGAUGUGACCAAAGAUCAAGAUCAUCCCUCGUUCCGAGUCGGUGACCAAUUCCCGAAAGCGGUGCAGGAGAAACGGAGGAAGUUGAUUCCUACCCUCAUUGCUGCCAAACGAGCCAAUAAGAAUGCUUGGCUAUCAUAUGAUAAACUUUGUAUUGACGGUAAAAUGUUUACGGUAGAUACGGUGUCACGUGCCGGUUAUGAUACUUAUUAG